UUUGAGUGCUGCGGUGUGAAUGGCUUCAUGGAUUGGUACGACAUCACUGCGUGGCCGAACGAGACGUGGGUGCCGGACAGCUGCUGCGAGGAGAACAUCAAGAAAUGCGGCAAGACGACUAACACGCAGGACUGGUUCAUAGAGGGUUGCUACGACAGCAUCCGGCGGUCAUUGGCCGAGCACUUGACCGUGGUCAGCUUCGUGGCCCUCGUCAUCGGCAUCGUACAGCUGUUCAUGAUUGGAUCGUCCAUCGCUCUGCUCUGCGCGAUACACAAUCACAAGGUGAAGUCUAUGGCCGUCUGAUGGUGACAGGACGGCGGGAAGCGCCAUAGCGACGGAUGCCAUAGCGACGGGUGUCAUGGCGACGGGUGUCAUGGCGGCGCGGACAUCGCAACCGGCAGUUAGAUGCGAUAUGAUAUGACUACUAGGCACUUUAAUUUAAUUUUUUUUUUAGGGUUAGGG